ACGCAAGGUGAGCUGCGGGCGCCGGCCCAGCUUCUGGAGGUUGGGGCCCGGUGGCCGGGGGCGGGCCCGGCGGCCCCAAAUGCAGGUGGCCGGCCACGAUGGUGCGGGAGACCCAGUGUGUGUGCAACUGAACACACAAAAGUAUGGAUAUGGGAAACCAACAUCCUUCCAUUACCAGGCUUCAGGAAAUCCAAAAGGAAGUAAAAAGUAUAGAACAGCAGGUACUCAGCUUCAUUGGCCUGUCAAGUGACAAGAAUUACAAGAAACUGGAGAGGAUUCUAACAAAGCAACUUUUUGAAAUAGACUCUGUAGAUACAGAAGGAAAAGGAGACAUUCAGCAAGCUAGGAAGAGGGCGGCACAGGCGACAGAGCAUCUUCUCAAAGAGUUGGAGCAGAAUGCAAACCACCCACACCGCCUCGAAAUACAGAACAUCUUCAGGGAGGCCCAGGCUCUCGUGCAAGAGAAGAUCAUGCCCUUCUAUAGCAGAGGCAGCUGCAUAACUGAUGAAAUCGAGGAAGGCAUCUAGGAUAUGAUCCUGAGGCUAACACACGUUAAAACUGGGGGAAAGAUCUCUUUGCGGAAAGCAAGGUAUCAUACACUAGCCAAGAUCUGUGCUGUGCAAGAGAUUGUCGAAGACCGCAAGAAAAAGCAACCUUCCCUGCCACUCUCUGAAGAUGUACACCCCUCCGUCGCCAAGAUCAACUCAGUGAUGUGUGAAGUAAACAAGACCAGAGGUGUCGUGGUGGCGCUGCUGAUGGGCGUGGACAGCAGGGAGACUUGCAGGCAUCUGUCCUGCGUGCUCUCAGGGCUGCUUGCUGACCUCGAUGCUCUUGAUGUGUGUGGCCACACAGAGAUCAGAAACUACCGGAGGGAGGUGGUAGAAGACAUCAACAAGUUACUGUAGUAUUUGGAUUUAGAAGAGGAAGCCGAUACGACUCACACAUUUGACCGGAGGCAGAACCAUUCCAUUUUGAAAACAGAAAAGGUCUUCAAGAGGAUGAGAGAAAUAAAAAAGUAAUUUCUCCAAGCCCAAAACCCUCCCGAAUUGUAUCUGAGCUCCAAGACAGAGCUGCAGGUUUUGAUCGGCCAGCUGGAUGAGGUGAGCCUGGAAAGAAACCCCUGCAUCCGGGAGGCCAGGAGAAGGGCUGUCAUUGAGGUGCAGGCCCUGAUCACACACGUGGACCUGAGGGAGGCCCUGGAGAAGAGGAAACACUUGCCCUGUGAGGAGCACCCGUCCCAUGAGGCAGUCUGGGAGGUUCUGGAAAACCUAUCGGAGAUCCAGGGAGAAGUCCUCUCCUUCGAUGGCAAUCGAACUGACAAGAACUAUAUCCGGGUGGAGGAGCUGCUGACCAAGCAGCUGCUGGCCCUGGACGCCGUGGACCCGCAGGGCGAGGAGAGGUGUAAGGCUGCUCGGAAACAGGCCGUGAAGCUGGCCCAGAACAUCCUCAGCUAUCUCGACCUGAAAUCUGACGAGUGGGAGUACUGAAGGGCUGGCGUGCUGGUGGCCUUCUCACUUGUUCUGCACUUGAUUAUCCUGCGCAUUGUGGAGCGCUCUCACCCCAUGGAGCCUAAAUGUGAUUUGUAUAUGCAUAUUCCAAUCUCAGUAUUGAUGACUUACACAAAUUAUACUCAGGAUCUCUGCUGCUUUUGAUGUUGUGAAACAAAUAUUAUUACAGCUCAUUAACCUUUCCAUUUGGAUCAUCCAUGUGAUGUGUGAUUUGUUUGGUUUGU